AUGUACAAAAGACACGAUAUGCAUGACAUGAGUUCAUCCUCAAUGGAUAUGGGGUCAAUGGCUACUACAACAAUGAGUAUGGCAAUGGAAACAAUGGCUCAUGCCAUGAACCACAGUAGUUCAAGCAAUAGCAGUGGUGGUAUGGGGGAUAUGGGAGAUAUGGGGGGUAUGAGUAGUAUGGCUAGUAUGCACAUGUAUUUCACUAGAGAAUUUAAAGAUUAUCCCGUCAUUUUCAAAAGUUUAUCAGCUUCGACAAAAGGUGAAGCAUUUGGUAUAUUUGUCUUGUUAUUCUUUGCUGCAUUUUUUGCUAGGUUCCUAGAGUUUAUUAGAAACUAUUUGGAAGAAGUUGUAUGGCAAAAUAAAAGCUAUAGUGAAUUUGAAGCUGGUGUUGUCAAUCAUAGUGCUAAUUUACAACCUGCCACGUCGAUACAACCAACUGGUGCUGCUGGCGCUGGUGCUGGUGGUUGUUGUACAGGAAGUGCUGAUGAUGAAGAUAGUCUUGAUAAACAUGUAUCAAGUGAUGAUGUUAUUGUACAAUCACAAGAGUCCCACUCAUCGAAAUCGAAUUUACCAAUCGCUAGUACUAUAAUGAGAGAUGCUAUACGGUUGGUGUUAUGUAUCGUUCCUGAUUUAUUUGGAUACACAUUGAUGUUGGCGGCAAUGACAUUCACGUUGACGUAUUUCUUUGCUGUUGUUAUUGGAUCUGGUGUUGGGAGAUUUGUCAGUGAACGAUUAAUGGAAAAGUUUAGAAUAAAACGCACACCGCCAAGAAAUUGUUGCUAG